UCCAGGAAGGGUGGGGCGACGGCCUGACCCGGCCGGACGGGUGGGUCGGGAAGGCCGCCUCUUCCUCUUUUCUCCUUUCUCCCCUCGGGUUCCUGCCCAGAGAGCUGCUGCGAUUCCCUGAGGGUGUGGUGAUCUGCUGGUCUGCUUACAGCCAAGGCACGCGUGGACCUGAGCUGGUCUGAAUAGAAGCAGAACCGAGCCUAGCUGGGAGUGCACCCUGGGACAGCCUGGGCUCCCUCGAGGGCCCCGGCGUCGCACACCCAGCCAUGCAUUACCCGGCGGUGCUCCUGCUUCUCCUGCCCGGUGGGGUCGAGGCCUUUCGCAUCUGUGCCUUCAAUGCCCAGCGGCUGACGCUCGCGAAGGCGGCCAGGGAACAUGUGAUGGACACGUUGGUCCGGAUCCUGGUUCGCUGUGAUAUCAUGGUGCUUCAGGAAGUAGUGGACUCUUCUGGCAGCGCUAUGUCCCUCCUGCUUCGAGAACUCAAUCGAUUUGAUGAGUCCGGGUCCUACACCUUGCUGAGCAGCCCCUCGCUGGGGCGCAGCACGUACAUGGAGAAGUACGUGUACGUCUACCGGUCACACAAGACACAGGUCCUGGAUUCCUACGUGUACAAUGACGAGGAUGAUCUCUUCGCCCGGGAGCCCUUUGUGGCCCGGUUCACCUUCCCCAGCAAGGUCCUCCCCAGCCUGGUGCUGGUCCCGCUGCACACCAGUCCGAAGGCCGUGGAGAAAGAGCUGAACGCCCUGUACGAUGUGUUUCUGGACGUCUCCAAGCACUGGCAGAGCAAGGACAUGAUCUUGCUUGGGGACUUCAACGCUGACUGCGCCUCGCUGACCAAAAAGCGCAUAGGUGAGCUGGUGCUGCGGACUCAGGAAGGCUUCCAUUGGGUGAUCCCCGACGGGGAGGACACCACGGUGCGCGCCAGCACCCACUGCGCGUAUGACCGCAUCGUGCUGCACGGCGAGCGCUGCCAGAGCCUGCUGCGCUCCGCUGCCGCCUUUGACUUCCCCGGGAGCUUCGGACUCACCGAGGAGGAGGCCCUCAACGUCAGCGACCACUACCCUGUGGAAGUGGAGCUGAGCCGGGCGGCACGCAGGGUCCAGCCUCUCGGCCUGGCCGCCGCUCUGUUGCUGCUGCUGCUGCUGCUUCCCUAACUGGGCCUGCUGCCUACAGACGUGAGGACGGUGCUGCCUUCAGGACUCAAAUCCUGGUCUCUGCCAUCUGCUCUGGGACGGCUUUGGGGUCCAGAGACUCCUGAGGGCGUCAUCUGCAGCCCUCCUCCAUCUGACUAGAGCUCUGCCCCCCUGGACUGUGGCUCUCCUCCAUCUGUCUGUUCUUCGGUUUGGCUUGCGUUCUUUGAUCGGGCUCCUGGCUGGCAUUAGAAUGUAGAAGAGGAAGGCAGGGAGGGGCCCUGAGGCUAGACCCAUGCCACUGUGUCCCCAGCUACUGUCAGGCGUGGGGAUAGAGCAGGCUCCGGGGCAGGGGGAGGAGGAGAGAGGGCUCUGGUGAUUCUGGCUAAACUGGUCUCAGAAAAGGGAAUCACAACAGACCCAAAGAUUUUAUUCUAUGACAAAAAGGGAACUUACACAUUGAGAACAAAAAGCUAAAUUGUAGGGAUAUCGCGUAUGUGUAGCGGAUACGUCAAAGGGCCAUUUCCAUUGCACACAGGAUUCAUCUACAUCAGUAUUAGGACUACAGCAAAUACAAGGACUGAGAAGCAGUUUACACGUACACAUAGUAACUAGAGAACAGAAAAUGUUUCAAAUGGCCCCGUGCUUGCCGUGCCUGCUGCCGGAGCCCAUAUUUGCAACCUUCUUGCAGCCCAGCCUUGCCCCACGCAGGGUCAGUCCAGUGGCUGGCAGGGCUCAGGUUUACAGAAAAUAUCUGUAUGUAGCAUUUACCAUGUAACUGUGGUAGCAACCGUGUGGCUACAUGGUUGUGCAGCCAAAGGGGAUACAUGAUAGGAUACAUAGCAAAAUGUCAACAAUGAUCCUAUUCGGGGUGUUGGGAUCACAGAACCCUUCCUUCUCCAGCUCUUUUCCAGAGAGCGGUGCUCAGUAAAGCCCAUUAGCAAGACAUCAGAGCCACGUAAGCACAAAUGUUUAUGGUUUAGAACCACCUCAAGGUCAAAAAUAAAGGUCAUUUUGAACUUCA